AUGAUCUCGGCACUCUUCAUCCUCAACCAGAAGGGCGAAGUGCUAAUCAGCAAACUAUUCAGGCCGGAUCUCAAACGCUCGAUAGCAGACAUCUUCAGGAUCCAUGUGAUCUCCAACCCCGACGUACGCUCGCCGAUCAUCACCCUCGGCUCCACCUCCUUCUUCCACGUCCGCCACCAGAACCUCUAUCUGACCGCGGUCACCAAGACCAACGCAAAUGCCGCGAUCGUCUUCGAGCUGCUCUAUCGGGUCAUCAACAUCGCCAAGAGUUACUUCGGCAAAGUCGACGAGGAGGCUAUCAAAAACAACUUCGUCAUGAUCUACGAACUUCUCGACGAGAUCUUGGACUUCGGUUAUCCUCAGAAUAGUGAAAUCGACACUCUAAAAAUGUACAUCACUACCGAAAGCAUCAAGUCAGAACAAGCUGUCCGAGAAGAUUCUGCAAAGAUAACGAUCCAGGCCACCGGUGCGACUUCAUGGAGAAGGAACGACGUGAAGUAUCGGAAGAACGAGGCGUUCGUUGAUGUAGUCGAGACGGUCAAUUUGAUCAUGUCUGCCAAAGGAACCGUGCUACGCGCAGAUGUCGAUGGACAAAUCCUCAUGCGAGCGUAUCUCUCUGGCACGCCGGAGUGUAAAUUCGGCUUGAAUGAUAAGCUGAUCAUCGAGAAAACUGAUCGGGCCAAGGCUUCUGGCUCUAUGGCUGAUGAUAAUGCAGUCGAGUUGGAUGAUUGUCAGUUCCAUCAGUGUGUCAAGCUCGGCAAAUUCGAUACCGAUCGCACCAUAAGCUUUAUUCCCCCCGAUGGAGAAUUCGAACUGAUGAGAUACCGGUCCACGACGAAUGUUCAGCUACCAUUUCGAGUGCAUCCGAUUGUCGAAGAGAUCGGAAAGUCACGAGUCGAAUUCACCGUCCAUCUGAAGGCGAACUUCGACUCGAAGCUGAAUGCGAACAGCGUCGUCGUCAAGAUCCCGACCCCCUUGAACACCACCAAAGUCUCCUGCAAAGCGCAGAUCGGCAAAGCUAAAUACGUGCCCGAAGAAAACGUCAUCAUCUGGAAGAUUCCAAGGAUGCAAGGACAAUCGGAUGCGACGAUCACAGCAAGUGCGGAUCUUUCGGCGACCACCCACCGGAAAGCUUGGUCUCGCCCGCCGAUCAAUAUCGACUUCCAGGUGCUCAUGUAUACCUCCUCUGGCCUGCUCGUCCGGUUCCUCAAGGUCUUCGAAAAAUCUAACUAUAAUUCGGUUAAAUGGGUCCGGUAUCUUACUAAGGCUAGUGGCACCUAUCAGAUUCGCAUCUGA